GGUUGGAGGAGGCGGCUGCCAUUCAGGAGGGAGCGGCCCGGGACUGCUGCGCGGUUGAGUUUCGCUCGCUGCUCGCCCGUGGAGGAAGAUGCCCGUGGAUCUGGCCGGCUGGGGGGGACCCCUGAGCCUCCAGGAGGUGGAGGAGAAGCCGGCCGCCCCCUUGCGCGUCUGCUACGGGUCGCUGGAGAUCGACGAGCUGGGCAAAGUGCUGACGCCCACCCAGGUUAAGAAUCGCCCAACGACUAUUGAGUGGGAUACCUGUGAUCCAGAGAAACUUUAUACCUUGGUUCUUACUGACCCAGAUGCACCUAGCAGGAAAAAUCCAAAAUUCAGGGAGUGGCAUCACUUCCUGUUGACCAACAUGAAGGGCAACGAUCUCAACAGUGGCUGUGUCAUGUCUGACUAUGUUGGAUCUGGGCCCCCUAAAGGAACAGGGCUCCAUCGCUACGUGUGGCUGGUCUAUGAGCAGCCCCAGCAGCUCGACUGCAACGAGCCCGUCCUCACCAACCGCUCCGGGGAUCAGCGUGGCAACUUCCAGGUGGCGCAUUUCCGCAAGAAGUACAAGCUGGCAGCCCCAGUGGCUGGCACGUGUUACCAGGCCGAGUGGGACGACUAUGUGCCAAAGCUCUACGAGCAGUUGUCUGGAAAAUGAAGACGGGGCCCUUCUGCUGUUCUGAUGCCCACUCUCCUCCCCGAUCCUUUCCCACGUAGUGUUGAAUCAAUUGCGUAAAUGCUAAUGGAUACCCUAAAUGUCUUCUGACACUUGCACGGGGCUGGCUGCUCUCCCCUCCCAUUAAUUGUUCAUUCCUUGCAAAAUUUAAAACAAACAUUAGAAAGUUUGCAUAACCAAAAAAA